UGGGGUACACUUUCUCUUUGUGGUAUUCCACCUCUUGCUUGCUUCUGGUCCAAAGAUGAAAUCCUUAGUAAUAGUUGGUUGUAUUCGCCCUUUUUUGGAAUAAUAGCUUCCUUUACUGCAGGAUUAACUGCCUUUUAUAUGUUUCGGAUAUAUUUACUUACAUUUGGUGGGUAUUUGCGUGUUCAUUUUCAAAAUUACAGUAGCACUAAAGAGAGUUCCUUGUAUUCAAUAUCCUUAUGGGGAAAAAGGAUACCCAAAGGAGUGAAUAGGGAUUUCGUUUUAUCAACAACGAAGAGUGGAGUUUCUUUUUUUUCACAAAAUAUACCCAAAAUUCAAGGUAAUACAAGAAAUAGGAUAGGAUCCUUUACUACGUCUUUUGGGGCUAAAAACACUUUUGCCUAUCCGCAUGAAACGGGAAAUACUAUGUUAUUUCCUCUUCUUAUAUUACUACUUUUCACUUUGUUCAUUGGAUUCAUAGGAAUCUCUUUUGAUAAUGGAGGAAUGGAUAAUGGAAUAGCAGAGUUAACCAUAUUAUCAAAGUGGUUAACUCCCUCAAAAAACUUUACCCAGGAAAGUUCUAAUUCUUUUGUAAAUUCAUAUGAAUUUAUUACUAAUGCAAUUUCUUCUGUAACUCUAGCUAUCUUUGGUUUAUUCAUAGCAUAUAUCUUCUAUGGAUCUGCUUAUUCUUUUUUUCAGAAUUUGGAUUUAAUAAACUCUUUUGUAAAAAGAAAUCCUAAAAAAGAAUUUUUGGAUCAAGUAAAAAAAAAUAUAUACAGUUGGUCAUAUAAUCGUGGUUAUAUAGAUAUUUUCUAUACUAGGGUCUUUACCCUCGGUAUAAGAGGGUUAACCGAACUAACGGAGUUUUUUGAUAAGGGUGUUAUUGAUGGAAUUACCAAUGGAGUGGGUCUUGCUAGUUUUUGUAUAGGAGAAGAAAUUAAAUAUGUAGGGGGAGGUCGAAUCUCGUCUUAUUUAUUCUUUUUUUUAUGUUAUGUAUCUGUGUUUUUAUUCUUUUUUCUUUCUUAAGUUAAGGAAUUCAAGUCUCUUGCAAAAAUAACUAUCCUACCCCUUUCUACAAUCUCUCUAUAAUCCCACCUUGUUACAUAAGGUAAGUAUUGUAUAAUCGUUCGGUUUUCCGCGAUUUUUUCCAUUCCUCUGUGUAAAUACCCUAAUAUGGGUUCACAAUCAAUAACAUCCUCACCAUCAAGAGUAACGAUCAGUCGAAGAACACCAUGCAUUGAUGGGUGUUGAGGGCCCAUAUUGACUAUCAUGAGAUCUUUUUUUGUAAGCGGUAGACUCAUAUCCUUUCUUCCUUAAUUCAUUAUUCCAUGAAAAUGGAUUAUUCCAUGAAUUCCUCAAAGUGAGGCUCAUCAAAAUGAAAAAUCUAAGACUACUAUAAAGACUACUAAAAAAAUAAUAAAACAAGAAAAAAAUUUGAAGGAUUAAAUUACUGCUCCCGAAUAUUCAACUGACCGAUUAAUUUCUUAUAACGUACUCUAUUUUUCUUUGCCAAAUAAGCCAGCAAACGUCGACGUUUUCCCAAAAGUCUUCGUAGACCUCUUUCCGAUGAAAAAUCUUUUUUGUGUAAUUCCAAAUGUGAAGCAAGUCUCCGUAUCUUAUUGGUGAAACUGAAUACUUGAAAUUCAACAGAACCCCUGUUUUCUUCUUUUUCUUCUUUAACCAUAAAUCCUAAAAUUUUUCUACCUCCUUUCUUUUUCAUGUAUUUUUCUGAUCAGGAAAAAUAAAAAAUUAUGUCAGUUAUUUUGAAGUUAUUCUAAUCUCGUACACACACAAAUUUGCAAUUAUUCAUCUACUACUGGAAUUUGGAUUUUUUUUAUCGAUGCAAAUUGGAUUUGGAUAGAAGGGUACAUUCUUUCUACUAUUUUAGAUAGAAGAAAUGUUUCUUCUAUCUAAAUAUAGUAGAAAGAAUUUUGCUGAUUUAUUUAUUGCUAUAUGCAAUUUAUGGAAUUGAUACACCAUUUAAUUGAUAUCAUUUAGCAAAAUGAAACACAGCAUAGGCAUCCAUCUUUUGGCUCGAGAAUUUCACGGGAUAGAGAUAUGGUAUAAGAAAUAGACUAUUAAGUAACUCUAAAUGAAUUGUGGAUACAUCUGUAUCCUUAACAUACUGAAACGAUUGCCAUUAUUCGUAUCAAACCAAUAGCGAUUCAUACAAGCUAAAUCUUCUAAUCAAUGGUGGGCCAAUAAUGAAUUUUUUUGCAUAUGUAUUAAGACGCUUGGCCUGAUUUCGAAAUUGUCCAGAGUUUUAUAUGUUGUUUUCAUUGCAAAAUGAUGGGUCUCCUUCCAUAACUUUCCAAUUACGAGUACGAGAAUUGAAAGACAUAAAUAUUCUAAAUUCUCUACGGCGUCUAGUAGAUAGAUAGAAUAUUUUCAGGAACAAGAAAAUCAGAAGAAUCUUUCUCUCUAUUCACUAUCAUUCCGCGUCUUCGACUUCUAUUAGUUUCUUUUCUUCUUUAAUGCAAUAGCUAUAGUUUGAUAUAAGAAUCCAUUUCUCAAAGUAAUGGAAACCAUUCUCUUAUAGGAAAUGGUUCGAAAAUCGCUAUUCCACCUUUUAGGUAUCGUGAAAAGUGAUACCUGUGAAGAUCGUGCAUUUCAGUCAAAUUCAGAUCCGUUUUUCGAGUCCAUGAUAUAAUAUAACCAAAUUGGAUAGAUCUUCCACCUGUUUAGCUAAGAAAGAAUAGAUACAGAGGUGGAUAAUAGAUCGAUAUGAAGAUCAUGAGCUGCCCCAUAAUGAAACCGCCAGUAGUCGCAAAUAUCUCCUUCUUCCCUAAUCCAAGAUUGGAGAAAGAAGAUCUAAGAGGGACCUAUGGAGAAUGUAGUCAGAAAUCCAUAAUAGAGUCUGACCACAACGACCGAAUUAAUUAUCCUCAUCGAGAAACUUAGACUACUAAAUAGAAAAGAUUUGAAAAUCAUGGCAUGGGUCUCCUUUUUUUCUUUCUUUAGAGUUUUCUAUAUGCACAAUUUCUCGAUGUUUCGAUGAGAAUUUCUUGACUUUCCAUAUAUAGAAAGAGAUAGACUAUAAAUGACAUCUCUUAUGUCAAUAAGACCAAAGGGAUGGAUAUUAAAUGAUAGGAAGUGCUAGGAAGUGAAAUAGAAUGAAAUAGAGCCACUUUGGGCUUCCCUAUGAAAUGAGGCAUGGAACGGAGCCACUACGAAGAAAUUAUGGGAGUUACGAAAGAAGCUUCGGACUCAUAUUGUUCAUGGGUUGAGAGCGGGAGUUGAACUCUAGGAGGUCGAAUCCCCCCUUGUUCCUCAGUAGCUCAGUGGUAGAGCGGUCGGCUGUUAACUGACUGGUCGUAGGUUCGAAUCCUACUUGGGGAGAUUUUAUUCAUUCUUUAAUGUAAGAAUUUUAAUGUAAGAAUAAAGAAUUGAAUUAAAGGGCUUGCUUUGACCCUUAGGAGUAGGUAACCCGUUCGCUAUCCUUGUUUCUAUUUCUAUUGCAUUCUAUCUCAUCGUAUCACAUUCUGUUCUACGAUUCCACUUCGACAAAAGGAAAGAGCAUACCUAAGUUCAAUAGCUUUACGUCCGCUAUCCCGAUCAUGAUUUUCCUACCCUCAGGGGGAAAGUAAAGGCCCUUCCCCCUUUGGAAGGCUGUGGGCGAGGAGGGAUUCGAACCCCCGACACCGUGGUUCGUAGCCACGUGCUCUAAUCCUCUGAGCUACAGGCCCAGCUGUCUCCACUGGAUCUCUUCCCGGGGGUACCCCUUCAUUUCAGGUUAAGAAGAUGGGAAAGCGCCUUUCUCUCUAUAAGAACAGUGCGUUCCGAGGUGUGAAGUGGGAGAGAGGGGAUGUGAUGAUUGAGGUUUUGAAUAAGACGAUCUUUGCAUUUUAGAUUUGGAUCUUUUUCUUAUUUCAAAAUAGUGAAAAAGUCAAAUAAGAGGUGUUAAGCUUUUUAUCAUUCUGGCAUCGAGCUAUUUUGCCGCAGGACCUCCCCUACAGUAUCGUCACCGCAGUAGAGUUUAACCACCAAAUUCGGGAUGGAUUGGUGUGGUUCCUCUACGCCUAGGACACCAGAAUAUCGAACCAUGAACGAGGAAAGGCAUGAGAUAAAUAUUGGCUAGUAAUUGUGAAGCCCCAAUUCUUGACUGAAAGGGACACCAAAGGCCUCUGCCCUCCCUCUCUAUCUAUCCAAGAGAUGGAAGGGCAGGGCUUUUUUUUGGUUUUUUCAUCUUUUCAUCAAAGAGUUGAACAAUGAAGAUAGAUGGCAAGUGCCUGAUCGAUUUGAUCAGGCCGUGUAGGAACAAGGUUCAAAUCGUUCGUUCGUUAGGAUGCCUCAGCUGCAUACAUCACUGCACUUCCACUUGACACCUAUUUAAACGGCUCGUCUCGCCGCUA